UUUGUGUACAAGAGCUUGAGAAAAACGUCAUCGAAAUGUGACUACACAAAACGGAAAUGACGUUUCACACAAUGUGUAGUUGUUGUGCCUAGCAACUCGCACCAAGGAUACGGGACGCCAUUAUACGAGUGGCAGCCCUUUCCAUCUGUGUGUGAUAGGAACAGUGUUGAUUGUACAAUAUCACGACUGAUAGUUUGGGAGUGAGUGGCUGAUUUUACUCAAUUAUGGCUGAAGCAGAAGCUGAGGCGGGUGGUGUUCCGACGCCAGCACCCGAGAAUAUCAGCGGAAAAGAAAAAGAAUUUCAAAAAGCAAAAUCUUACCUUCUCACAGCCAGCACAAACACAGGAAUCAACCUUUACGACCAUCUAUCUAGAGUACUGGGGAAAAUUUUAGAUGAACGACCAGACAAUGUUGUAGACAUUUUUGAAGACGUUAGCAAAGAUGCCAAGAGGACAAAAUUCACUUCAGAUGUCGACACUGUGCAAGACAAAGUUGACAGAUCAACAGAAGUUGCAUUGGCUCAAGUUCAAAGAAAGCUUUUUACGAAAGGUGGUGAGGAAGGAGAAGAUGACAUUGCACAAGAUGAAGAGGUUGAAACUCCACUACCAAAUAUUAUGGAGUUGUGCUUCUUCUUUGAACAAGCCGGUAUUGGUCUGAACCGAGAAGAAAUGAUUCGUGUGUGGCUGGCUCUGAAAAGUCUUGUAGACAACUACCCUCUGCAGCAUGUGAGAUUCUGGGGCAAAAUCUUUGGCACAGAGCAGAACUACUACAUUGCUGAAGUGGAGUACAGAGAGGGAGAUGAGGAAGAAGAGGAGGAGGAAGAGCCCGAGGAAGCACAGGACGAUGAAGUUCCAGAAAAAGAGGUUGAUGAAGACGCUGAUGAAGAAGAGGUAGAGGAGGACGACACACCCAAGCCAGAUUUCAAACCCCCACCUACUGUUCCCAAAGAAGAAAACAGAACUGGAGCAAACAAGAAAACCUAUUUUGUCUGCAACGACCCUGGGAAACCAUGGGUGAAACUUCCACUUGUUCAGCCAAAUCAGAUCAGUGUGGCCCGCCAAGUAAAAAAAUUCCUGACUGGCAGACUUGAUGCCGCUGUUGUGAGCUACCCUCCUUUCCCUGGCAACGAGGCCAACUACUUGAGAGCUCAAAUUGCCAGAAUCAGUGCAGGCACCCACAUCUCUCCUCUCAAUUUCUACCAGUUCGAUGAGGAGGAAGAAGAAGAAGAGGAAGCAGAGGGACGUGAUCACUUUGUGGAGAACAUUGACUUUGAAGGCAUUCCCGUGAGGGAUUUGGCCGACCCCUCUCUGGCCAACUGGGUACAUCAUGUGCAGCACAUCCUGCCUCAGGGUCGUUGCUCAUGGUGGAAUCCAGUGCAGAAAAAUGAAGACGAUUUUGAGGAUGAAGAUGAAGAGGAAGAGAGAGAAGAGCCCGAUGAGCCUGAGCCAGAAACUGGACCCGCCCUCUUGACCCCUCUGGCUGAGGAUGAAGAGAUCGGAGCAAUGCCAGCGUGGACACCGGCUCUCUCGUCUAACCUGGUCCCACAGUUUGCCAUUGCGGUGAUGCACUCCAACUUGUGGCCAGGAGCUCAUGCUUUUGCUUUUGAAAAGAAAUUUGAGAACAUCUACGUCGGCUAUGGUCAUAAGUACAAGUCAGACAACUACAGCCCACCUGCUCCACCUCCCAUCCAAGAAGAAUACUCGAGCGGGCCGGAGAUCACAGAGACAGAGGAUCCCACACCUGAGGAAGAGGCUGCUCUCAGAGCCGCACAACAAGAAGCUGCCGAGGCCGCGGAGGAAAUGGAGGAGGCGGAAGAGGAGGAUGAUGAUGACGAUUAGAUAAAGGGAUAAUAGAGGGAAGGAUUUGCCAUGAUACUGUUUGCUCUCAAACUCUAAAAUAUGACAUAUAUUUUACAAAAAGACAACUACGACUCAAGAAUACGAACUACUGGACCCCAAAUAAGAGCAAAUUAAAUGAAGAUACCCUUUGUUUGCUAGUUCAAACUUCUUAUAGUUAGCAAAAAGUGAACUUUGUAUAUAUGAAUCUUGUUUAUCCUUUUCUGAUUCUGUUAGGAUGUGAGCAAGUGUGACUGAUUGCUUUUUUUUUUUCAUUUGAGUGAAUAUAUUGUACAAGUAGCAUAUACUUUAUCGUAAAAUGAUAAUAAUGCAGAUGUUAAGCUCAGUGCUAAUCCACACUAUUUUCCCUCACACAUUAUCUUUGUCUUCAUCUCCCUCUCCUUCCGUUUCUUCCAUACCACCAUCAGUCUUACUCAUACCUGAUUCACUGAGAAGUGAUGAAAGGAGAAAGGAGAUAAGAUUCUAUUGCAAUAUUUGAAGACAAAAAUUAGUGUAAAUUAAUGAUUUUUCUAUUCCUUAUACACUUUAUUUCCUCACUGCUUUUACUGUGACUAUAAAUACGGAUCAUUAUGAUGGUGAGAUAAUACAAUCAUCUACAAAAUGGUAUCGCAUGGUGAGUUUUACUUUGAAGUGCUAAUGUGGCCCUUGAGCGCUUACUAAAUUAUUUGUCUCAAAAGUUUUUACCAUUUAAAUUUUAGAGAAAAUUCAAUUUUUACUAGACUGGUGGGGUUUCCUUUCAGUGCAUUGUGAUAUGUACAUGACCGAAACAAUAAACUAUUUACAGUUUCCCAA